CUCUCUCUUGUCGCCGAUUUCAUUCUCUCACCUCCGAACUCCGGUCAGUCUCCGAGAUCUCGCCAUCGCCGGAAUAAUCCGAGGACAUACAUAGAAUCGAGAGAGGGAGAUGAUGAUGGAACGUCAGGAUCUGAGGAAGAAUGGCGAUGUCGUCGCCGAUUGUCGUGGAUCGGCUCUGAUCUUCCUCGGGACCGGCUGUUCGAGCGCUGUCCCCAAUGCUAUGUGCUUGAUCCAGCCGUCGGAUCCUCCUUGUCGCGUCUGUUCGCAGUCGCUGUCUCUCCCGCCGGAGCGAAAUCCUAAUUACAGGGGAAAUACAUCACUGCUCAUUGAUUAUUGCCAGACUGAUGGAAAACAUAAGUAUAUCCAAAUCGACGUUGGGAAGACAUUCAGGGAACAAGUUCUACGUUGGUUUACCUUUCACAAGAUUCCAAGAGUUGAUUCUAUAAUUUUGACUCAUGAACAUGCUGAUGCGGUUCUUGGCCUCGAUGACAUACGUGCGGUGCAGCCGUUUAGUCCUACUAAUGAUAUAGAUCCCACUCCAAUUUACUUAACCCAAAUUGCUAUGGACAGCCUUGCCGUGAAAUUCCCGUACUUGGUCCAGAAAAAGCUUAAAGAAGGUCAAGAAGUUAGGCGAGUGGCACAACUGGAUUGGCGAGUAAUUGAGGAGAGUUGCGAAAAGCCAUUUGUUGCUUCGGGCUUGUCAUUCACCCCAUUGCCAGUGAUGCAUGGAGAAGAUUAUAUCUGUCUUGGUUUUCUUUUCGGUGAAAAAUCGAGAGUGGCUUAUAUCUCUGAUGUAUCACGCUUUCCUUCAAGCACCGAGUAUUUUAUUUCAAAAACUGGUGGUGGGCAAUUGGAUCUCCUUAUCUUGGAUACACUAUACAAGACAGGAUCACAUAAUACUCACUUAUGUUUCCCACAGACACUCGAAACAAUCAGGAGACUUUGCCCGAAAAGUGCUCUUCUAAUCGGAAUGACUCACGAGUUUGAACACCACAAGGACAACGAGUUUCUAAAAGAAUGGUCUACAAGGGAAGGGAUUCCAGUGCAACUCGCACACGAUGGCUUGAGAGUCCCGAUAGACCUAUGACGCAAGAUGAGAUUGCAGGACAAUCAGCUACAAAUACCAACUACUUUAUAGAGGAGGGAGGGCAAAUGCACCAUAGGCUGUUGGGUGGUAGGGUAAGGUUCUGAACUGUGUUUCUCUUCCACAUGAUGGAAAAGAACACAACACCAGAAGAAGAAAAAAAACCUAAUUUGGAUUCUGUCUGAAAGAUUUGGCCAAAAAAAAAGAAGAAAUCUUCUGAUGAGUUGUUAUUCUCCAAAGAAGUUUCUGUUUCUUUCAAAAGGUCCUCAACAAACCCAUCAUUGCCUCCCAAAAUAUAAAUAAAAAAAAAGGAAAGUGAGAAGCUAAUCUAACUAAUAUACUAUAAAGUUUUUUAUUUUUUGUUUUUGGGUGAUGGGUCCAAAGGCAUUAUGGGGUCUGAAUUGGACCACUAAAGUUUCAAAAGAUUGUAGAAAAUUUUGUACAUUUUGUUGUGGACCCACUUUAGUUAGAAAGAUUUUGUCACCAUUUCUACU